UUGUACAAAAACUAUAAAGAAACAGAAGACAAUAACUUCUAUUUGAUUAUGUUAUGUUCAUUAUGCUGCUUUCAUUUUAUCGUAGACAAUCAUUCUAAAUAUUUGUGACUGCGGUUGUAUACCGCAGCUAACGGACUACUUACGAAAUGGGCAAACAGUUAAUUGGCAAAGAUGGAAGCGCCGAAAAAAGAGUUAUCACCUGGAAAAAACAUUUCGACUACUUAUUCAGCUUACUGGGACUCAUGAUUGGCCUUGGAAAUGUAUGGAGGUUCCCGUAUCUGUGCUACAAAAAUGGCGGAGGUGCAUUUUUGAUCGCAUACUGGGUGUUUAUUAUUGUGAUUAUUUACCCUCUGAUAAUUCUGGAGGCUGCUCUAGGACAAUUUACUGGUCAGAGCUCAUUUAAAUCUUGGCAUAUUAUUCCACUGACAAAAGGAAUUGGAUAUGCUGUGGUGUUUCUUAUAUUCUACUGCAAUGUAUAUUAUCCAAUGCUUUUGGCAUGGUCACUAAGAUGGCUCGUCGCUAGUUUUUCUGCUUCUAUGCCAUGGACAACAUGUAAUAACCAAUGGAACUCUGUCGAAUGUCUGCCCUUGUCACAAAUUGCAGCCGACUUUUCCAAGAAUUCGACUGAUCAUCUUUCAUCCAACACAAGCUCUCAAAUUUUGUACCAUAACUUCACAUACGUUUCGUCAGUUGAAGAAUUUUGGAAAAACCAUAUUCUUGAAACAACGUCUGACAUCAAUGAACUCGGAGGAAUUAAACCUGAAUUACUUAUUUGCUUCACUGUCAUUUGGAUUAUAACAUAUUUUGCAAUUUGGAAAGGGAUAGGAUGGACGAGCAAGAUUGUCUAUGUCACAGCCACCCUACCGCUGGUUAUGAUUAUCAUAGUGUGUAUUCGUGGUGUAACUUUGGAAGGAGCGCUGGACGGAAUAAAAGUUUAUCUCAAGCCAGACAUCACCAGCCUGACAAAGAUGGAGCUCUGGAGGGAUGCAGCUUCUCAAGUUCUAUAUUCUCUCGGAACGUGUACUGGAGGACUUACAACUCUCAGCGCUUACAAUAAAUAUAAUCAUAACUUUUUCAGAGACUCCAUAAUAUUGACAGUAGCAAAUGCGGGGGCAAGUUUUAUAUCAGGAUUUGCCAUUUUUUCAGUACUAGGAUUUUUGGCUCACACGAAGAACACGACCGUCGCUGAAGUUGCUGAAUCUGGGCCAGGACUAGUAUUUGUUGCAUAUCCCACAGCGCUCUCCUUGCUUCCACUGCCUCAGUUUUGGAUUGUAUUAUUUUUCUCACAUUGAUAUUCUUGGGAUACGAUAGUUUGUUCGUCUUUCAAGAAACAUUCAUGUCAUGUGUGAAAGACAUUUUUCCACAAUUGUUCCGAAAGAAAUAUUCAAAUGAGAUGAUGAUCGCAAUCGUAGCCGUAAUAAUGUACCUUGUCGGACUUCCCAUGACUACACGGGGUGGAAAAUACGUAUUGAACAUUUUCAACUCAUACUCGGUCAGUGGAUGGUGCUUGUAUUUCAUGGCGUUCAUUGAGAUGAUCUCUAUUGGUUGGCUAUAUGGAGGAGACAAAAUGCUUGAUAAUAUAAAACGUAUGAUCGGAUUUAAUGUGCCCCGAUUGUGGAUGAAAUUACAUGGAAGUACAUCGGACCAUUGCAAGC